ACCUUUAGGGCUUGUUUGGAUCCCUGUAUAAGGGCUCCGUAUUGUAUUAAAUUGUAGGACUACUAUGUUUGGAUGGGAACUUGUAUUGUACUAGAUAUUACAUUCCUAAAUUUUAAUACAAUCUCCCCAGUAUUAUUAUAUACUGAAUAAAAAGAGUGUAUAAGGUUGUAUUGUAUUAUUUUGGAGGGUGUGGCUGUAUUAGCCAAUACUCUCCAUCUCACCCAAACUUCUUCGUGUUUCCCGUUCAGCCAUCUUCACUGAUUUUCAAUCAUCUUCUCCGGUCGAUUUGGCCUGGAUUUCUCGGUGAAGAGCAACUUCGUGUUCUUCGACAGAUCGAUCUAUUAGAUUCAUUUCUCGGUCAAGAACAACUUCAUCUUCUCUGGCAGAUCAAUCUCUCAAAUUCACUAUCCUCUGUCGACAUCGAUCUCUUAGAUUCGUCUGAUUUGAUUUGAUUUUUUCAGAGGAACCUAUCAUCUCCUUAGCUCUCUCUCACACACUAAAGGAAACUCAAAUUCAGAGGUAUACAUGGCUUUUUAAAAUAUUGUGUUUUUUUUUUUUUUUUUUAUUUUGGGUAAAAGUUGUUUGUUUGAAAUUAUAUUUGUGUUUUGUUCUUGGUGAUUGAUUAGUUCUCUUGGGAUGGGAAUUUGUUGGGUUUCCUUUUAUAUUAAUUUGUUGGCGAAUGAUUUGUGUUUUAUAUUAAUUUGAUUGUAAAAUAACAUUGAGACCUUGGAUCUGUAUCAUGAUUAGUGUUGAUUGCUUUUGACCCCAAUACAUUAUUUUAAAUAUAGCAAUGAUGACUCCAAAUCAAUUUUCCAGGUUUUGUCUGAACCCAAGUAUUAUACUCUUUACAUGGGACGAGUUCUCAGUGAAAAAAUCAUUUUUAUGUCAAGGUUUUGAUUGUUCUUUUGUGGGUUUUCUGAUUUAUUGCCUAUUUAUGUGUUUUUGAUGUGCCUUGAAAGAAGAACAUUGCAUAAUCAUCAAUUAUUCUUGUUCUGUUGUUUGGUUGUUAAAAUUCCUUGUUGGGUUUCAAAAGUUUGACAAGCAAAUGAAAAAAUAGGAAAUUUUAGGAAAAUUUAUCUACUUUGUAGAACCUACAAAUUGACCAUGUGUCACAUGUUCUGCUGAAGUUUUGAGUGAAGGGUUUGGUUUUAGGUUUUAACUUGUCAGUGUUCGAGGCUCUCAACGUUGUAUGGUGUGUUCAUUCAUUUUAAGAGUCAUGAUAUGUCAUGAUGAUGAUGAUAUGAUUCAAUGUAGGCUAAGUUUUUAGUUUGAAACCGGAUAUAAAAUAAAUAGUUGGUGUUGUCAAAUUUUGUUUUCUAUAAUUAAUUACUAUAAUGUGUGAAAUGUUUGACUAAUUUGGAAUUAUUAUUGGAUUGGAGUCAGAAAGAACUGUGGAUUUUUGAGCUAAAGAAGUUGAUAUUAGAUUAGAUAGAAGUUGAAUUGGAUAACUUGGUCAUAUGAUGACACGUUAUUCUUCUGUGUUAUCUUAAUGGGAUAUUUGAAUACUUUUCUCUUAAAUGGUUAUCAAGACUCUAAUUAAUAAAUUGCUUUACCAUUAGUGGGUUUCAGCUUUUUUUAGCUUUUGCUUAUGGUAAUUAGCUUUGGAAAUAGGAAAGAGAUCAUAUGAGCUAGUCCACACAUCGAGAACAAAUAUCGAAUGUUGAAGAAGCAAUAUAGUAUAGUCUUCGACAUGCUCAACACUAGUGGCUUUUCUUGGAACGAUGUAAAAAAAUGUGUGCAGGUUGAUAGUGAUGAGGCUUGGUUGACAUAUACUCAGAAUAUUAAGGAUUCUAAGGGAUGGAGAAACAAACCUUUUCCUAUGUAUGAGAGACUAGCUAAUAUUUUUGGAAAAGAUAGAGCAACCGGAAAAGGAGCAGAAGCACCAGCAGACAUGGUUGAGAAUAUGAACAUAGAAGCUGAAGAAGAGACUGACGAUUCUAGGUCAGUAAAUCAGAAUCUUUCUUCACCUAGAGGUCGAAGAAAGAGAUCUAGAUCAGAUGAUGAUGGUAUGAAGGAGAUUGCUUCAACGUUCAAAACAAUGUUUGAACAUUCAAUCGAGCAAAUGAGGUUGAUGGUGCAAGGGACUACUAAUGAUAAGGAGUUGGCUAAGGAGUUGAAAUCGAUGGGACUUUCAGUUGAUGAUCAACUUGAUGCAUUGACGUACAUGUUGAAGAAGCCAGAAUAUGUAGCAACCUUCAAGUCAAUAGAUGGAGAAAUUCGAGAGGCUUUUGUGAUAAGAGUUCUCAGAGAAGUUAGAUCAAGUCGUUGAUGGAGAACUUUGGUUUUAAUGGUUGAACUUUAAUUUGGUCGGUUGAACUUUGAUUUGGUCGGUUGAACUUUAGUUUUAUUGGUUGAACUUUGAUUUGGUCGGUUAAACUUUGGUUUUAUUGGUUGAACUUUGAUUUGGUCAGUUGAACUUUGACGGUGCUACAAGGUUUAUUUUAGUUAUGUAAACUUUAUUUUUUUAAAAAAAAAAAAUUGGUUACUUUUUUAUGACAA